GUGAUUACUGUGUGAUGGGGUGAGCCCGGCUGUCUGGUCCAACCCUGCAGCGGGAAGCCAGGCUUUAGGUGGGGUGGCGCGCGCGGUGUUCUCACGAGCCACUGGGAAAGGGGACGGGGGAGGGGGUCUCAGGGGAGGCCGGGCGGCUCUAAUUGGUUUCUCAAUGAAAGAUAAUCACCUAGUCCCCCGAGAGGCUGGGGAUUAGCACUCUGCCUCUCGUCUCCGCCGCUUUUAGACGUCUCGUCCUCCCCUCGGAGCUUUCAGCGCCCUCGGCAGAAGGGGCUCGCAGACCGCGGCUCCCCGCGCCCGCCGGCCGCUCCGGGGGGCAGCGCAGCCGCGCGCUCGCACUCGGCGCCCCCUCGGCUCCGUCGCCGCGCUCGCCUCCCCCGGCCGGCGUCCGGCCGCGCCCGAGCAAAGUUUCGCGGAGGGGCCCCGGGAGGAAGAUGAGCGAGCUGGAGGAGGACUUCGCCCAGAUUCUCAUGCUCAAGGAGGAGAGGAUCAAGGAGCUGGAGAAGCGGCUGUCGGAGAAGGAGGAGGAGAUCCAGGAGCUGAAGAGGAAGCUGCACAAAUGUCAGUCGGUGCUGCCCGCACCCUCGCCGCACAUCGGGCCACGCACCACCCGGGCGCAGGGCAUCUCGGCCGAGCCGCAGACCUACCGCUCCUUCCACGACCUUCGACAGGCGUUCCGGAAGUUCACCAAGUCCGAGAGGUCCAAGGAUCUCAUAAAGGAAGCUAUCCUUGACAAUGACUUUAUGAAGAACCUGGAGCUCUCGCAGAUCCAAGAGAUUGUGGAUUGCAUGUACCCAGUGGAGUACGGCAAAGACAGUUGCAUCAUCAAAGAAGGAGAUGUGGGGUCACUGGUGUAUGUCAUGGAAGAUGGUAAGGUUGAGGUUACAAAAGAAGGUGUGAAGCUCUGCACCAUGGGUCCAGGGAAAGUGUUCGGCGAGCUGGCGAUUCUUUACAACUGUACCCGGACAGCGACCGUCAAAACUCUUGUAAAUGUGAAACUCUGGGCCAUCGAUCGACAAUGUUUUCAAACGAUCAUGAUGAGGACAGGACUCAUCAAGCAUACCGAGUAUAUGGAAUUUUUAAAAAGUGUCCCAACAUUCCAGAGCCUUCCUGAAGAAAUCCUCAGUAAGCUUGCCGAUGUCCUUGAAGAGACCCACUAUGAGAACGGGGAGUAUAUCAUCAGACAAGGUGCGAGAGGGGACACCUUCUUUAUCAUCAGCAAAGGAACGGUAAAUGUCACUCGGGAAGACUCCCCCAGUGAAGACCCCAUCUUUCUUCGAACUUUAGGGAAAGGAGACUGGUUUGGAGAGAAAGCCUUGCAGGGGGAGGAUGUGAGGACAGCAAACGUAAUCGCCGCAGAGGCUGUGACCUGCCUUGUCAUCGACAGAGACUCUUUCAAGCAUUUGAUUGGAGGACUGGAUGAUGUCUCCAAUAAAGCAUACGAAGAUGCAGAAGCCAAAGCAAAAUACGAAGCCGAAGCUGCUUUCUUCGCCAACCUGAAGCUGUCUGACUUCAACAUCAUCGACACCCUGGGAGUCGGAGGCUUCGGACGAGUGGAGCUGGUCCAGUUGAAAAGUGAAGAAUCCAAAACCUUCGCCAUGAAGAUUCUCAAGAAACGCCACAUCGUGGAUACGAGGCAGCAGGAGCACAUCCGCUCGGAGAAGCAGAUCAUGCAGGGGGCGCAUUCCGACUUCAUAGUGAGAUUGUACAGAACGUUUAAGGACAGCAAAUAUUUGUACAUGUUGAUGGAAGUGUGCCUGGGAGGAGAGCUCUGGACCAUUCUCAGGGAUAGAGGUUCAUUUGAAGAUUCUACGACCAGAUUUUACACAGCAUGCGUGGUGGAAGCGUUCGCCUAUCUGCAUUCCAAAGGAAUCAUUUACAGGGACCUCAAGCCAGAAAAUCUCAUCCUGGAUCACAGAGGCUACACCAAGCUGGUUGAUUUUGGCUUUGCAAAGAAAAUAGGAUUUGGAAAGAAAACGUGGACUUUUUGUGGGACUCCGGAGUACGUAGCCCCAGAGAUCAUCCUGAACAAAGGCCAUGACAUUUCCGCCGACUACUGGUCACUGGGAAUCCUGAUGUAUGAACUUCUGACUGGCAGCCCACCUUUCUCAGGCCCAGAUCCUAUGAAAACAUAUAACAUCAUACUGAGGGGGAUUGACAUGAUAGAAUUUCCAAAGAAGAUUGCCAAAAAUGCUGCUAAUUUAAUUAAAAAACUAUGCAGGGAUAACCCAUCAGAAAGAUUAGGGAAUUUGAAAAAUGGCGUGAAAGACAUUCAGAAGCACAAAUGGUUUGAGGGCUUUAACUGGGAAGGCUUAAGAAAAGGGACCUUGACACCACCCAUAAUACCAAGUGUGGCAUCACCCACAGACACAAGCAAUUUCGACAGUUUCCCUGAGGACAAUGAUGAGCCGCCCCCUGAUGACAACUCGGGAUGGGACAUAGACUUCUAAUGUAUUUCUCUUACCUGCUUCUGCCUUGCUGAAGUCAGCUUUCCUGAGACACAGCUGCCAGCAAACCUGAGGGACGGAGAGAAGAUUAGUGCUCGGGGUCACCAUGAUGCCUUUGAUCGAUGCUGCUCCGGUAACUACAGUGGCAUUAGGACUUAUUGCUUAGAUGACAGUAGUGCUCUUUACAUGUUUUCUGUUGGAUCCUCAAAAUAGCAGUUGACAUGGUGGUCCUGAAGCAAAGCCUUUCACCCCAGUAAUGAGAUGUCUUCUAGUGUUGCGAUGACCUUGCUUUGCUCUGACUAUACUUUGAAAGACUGUCAGAAACACGUCAAUCUAGUCAAAGAGUCUGGACCUUGCUAGAAUUAUCAGGAAGAUCAGAAAAUACUAUAGCGGGUACAAUAGAUGACCGUGGUACAAAAUCAGGGCUCUUCCUUUCCUUCCGGGGAGGUCGGAGGAUACAUUCACGCAAGCCGGUGUCUACACCGCACGGAAGAGGGCCACACGUCUGUUGGUCAAGAGGGCAUGUCAAACCAGUGCUAGAAGUUUCCUGAUUUAAUUUCCCAGCCGUGCUGAUGACGAGACUGAAUGUUACCUUUCCUUUCCGACAGAUUUUAAAAAUUGAUACGAUCAAAAGCACAACUGCUAUAGAUUCUGCUGAGGACUCUCAUAGCAGGCAUAUAUGCGUUUUCACAGAGGAUUGAAAAAAAAAAACAUGCAUGAUAUUUGUUUCUUCUUUUGACUAAUUGGCAUGACAGAGUGGAAAAAAAAAACUCACAAACCAUUUCAUAUCUUUUUAAAAUACUGUGCCUCGAGAUGGUCCUGGAAAUAAACGACUAGCAGCCAACUGAUUUUUAUUUAUUACCUAACAUGCCCUCGGACUGAGGCUUAAAAUAUUCCCUUUUAUAAAAAGAAACCCUUGGGGGUGGGGGCAGGGUGGGGUGGAGAGGGACUAAGAUCCAUCCAAAAAUAAAAAUAAAAAACUAUCUAGGUGCUAUGUAUAUCUUUCAUCUGUAAAUGUCCGUGUCUGAGAAGACAACACAAAUUCUAAUCAUCACCUGUGUAGCCAGAGACCCAAGCAUUCUUCACUACGUUUACCAACCAAACUCCCAUCAGAUUUCACUUACACAACAUGGCCUAGGUUUGAGGGGGAAAGGGGAUUAAAACCCAUUCAACUGGCUUCUUGUCUUAGUCCUGAACCAAAAAGAGGAAGAGGAGGAAAGCACAAAAAUCACUGAGAUUCACCAUAUGGGAAAGCUUGCUUCUUCGAGGUCAGGGAAUGGGACCAGACCUAGCCAGGUGUUGUUGACUUUUUGGUGAAUAAGCCAGUGUGAGUUCAUGCACGUGUGAGAGUAGGAAGGAAGUUGAGAAGAAAACAGGACCCUGCUUUCUCAAACAGAAGCUUUAGCUAAGUAGGGCAGAAAUAUUGCAAUCCUGAAAUGCAUUUGAACAUACAAAACUUACCUGCUUUUUUCAUGAGGGGUAAAGAAACAGCAGUUGAAACUAAGUCCUUUGUUGGCAGGCAAGUUGACUACAAUUAGCUAUCCUAGGUAGUGGACCAUUCUGGAAGCUUUUCCUGGACAAGUGGCGUUCUACCUGAGGAAAUAAUUGUAUAC